AUGAGUACACCGAAAAUCCGCGGAAAGUCUGCAAUACACAUCAACGAGAGUAUCAUCGGAGCGGAUGGUGGUGGUGGUGGUACAUCCGGUGGUGCAGCCGCUGCCGCUGCCGCCGCCACCGCCAGUGCUGCUCAGCAUGCCCUGCUAAAGAUAGAAUCCGUCGUGCCAAAGCUGACGAACCGGAGUAACAAUAACAACAACAACAGCAACAAUAACGGGACCAUCCUGGCGAACCACUCGAGCCGGUUACGCACCUUUCACCGGUCCCACAGUACGCUGAGCUCGUCGUACCUGAAGAAGCUAACUCAACGGGCAGUGUUUGCUCCUCGACCGGAAAUCAUCGGCGAGCGCAACAGAAGCCGGCCGUUCGAUGAUCAACCACCACCGCCAACCGCACUGGACAGUACGCUCGUCGUGCAGAAUGGCAUCUCUAGCAUACGGCGAUCGCAGAAGGAUCGCGAAAAGCAUCCCGAUCGAGUGAACCUCGACCGUAAGGGGCUCAGCUCGGUACCGAUCAUUGAGGGUGAACCGAAUCUACGGCUUCUGUCCCUUCAGCACAACCUCAUCAACUCUUUCCACAUUCCUCCCGAUGCCGAUCCGAACAAUAACCUUGCACCGGUCAAUGGGACGGACGCGUUGAAACCGCCACCGGCCACAACUUCUGCCUGCCCUGCGUACAUCACCAACAAUGCCACCACUACCAGUGGACCACCGACACCGACCAAACCCUCCCCGACCGGUACACCAACGAAUGGGCCCGGUGUAACGGCCAGCACCACCACCAACACCGGACCAGCGCCAUCAGUUUACGGUAGCAGUGGUACGGUAGCGGCCAAGUCCGUUAAACAAUUCCUUCGCCAAAAAUCAACCUCCCGUGGACAGCUACUGAUGGGUCAGAAUCUGGCCACACUCGGCAGUACGGCGAUGGCCGGUGCACAGGGUGGCAGUGCGGCAGCCAGCUUCAUCCAGAGCAAAAUGACGAUCGGUAGCAAACAGUCGGCUAACACCGGAACGGUGCAGAUGACCGGCGCCGGUCCACUCGGUUCCUCGGUGUCGCCGCAUCUCCAGAAGCAUCCGCCGCUAGCACAAUCGCCCACCGGCGGACCGAUCGCCAUUACGGCGCAGCAGAAAAGUUUGCUGAAAAAAUCCAACAGCUUCAUCGGUGGUCCCAACAUGUUCCUUACCGGUGGUGGCCAAACGCAGCCGAUGGCGGGGAGUACCGGAUCGAAUGGUUUGCUGAAGUUGCGUGCCGGUAAACUGCUGCUCGUGCCCUCGUUCAGCAUCGAUAACCUGAGCAACAUCACUGCCGAACUGCCCGCACAGGAACAGGAGUACUACGGUGCGAUCGGUCAUCCGGCGUUCGCAAACGGUGCCAACAGUAGUAGCGCUAGUAACAGUGGCAAAACGACUCCCACCAGCGGCGGUGCACCGACGGGGGGUGCUCCACUGUUACAGGCCACCUCGAUACCGCUCAUGCCAGUGGCCAGUGGUGAUGGUGCCCCCGGUGGGUUGCUACUGCUGCCUGCAACCCCCCGGUACAACCUUGGCAAUCUCGUGUUUCUCGAUCUGUACGAUAACCAGAUCGAGCGGAUCUCGUGUCUGGAUGGGUUGAAGAGUUUAACGGUCCUGCUGCUGGGCAAGAACCGGAUCACCGACAUCGGUGGUCUGAUUUCGCUCAAGGGUACCCUCCGGGUGCUCGAUCUGCACGGUAACAAGAUUAGCAACAUUACGGGCAAGAUCAACCAGCUGCAGGAACUGAAAUCCCUUAACCUGGCCGGCAACGCACUGCGCCAGAUCCAGGCGCAGGACUUUGCGGGGCUGUUCAGCCUCAAGGAGCUCAAUCUGAAGCGCAACCGGAUCAAGCGGAUCGGUGGCUUCGACGAUCUGCACAAUCUCGAGCGGCUCUGGUUGUGCCACAACGAUCUGCAGUGUGUCGAGGAUAUGGCGGCGAUCGCGAAGGCGAUCAACCUGAAGGAGGUAACGAUCGAGAACAAUCCCGUUUCGCUGGCCGGGGAUUGUGUUUCGUUUUUGGUCAGCUACCUGCCCGGGCUGGUGUCGCUGAGCCAGAUGCAGAUCACGGAACAGGUGCGCCGGGCUGCAUCGGCCUGGCGCAAGAACAAGGAGCUCUCCGAUACCAAGUACUCCAGCCUGACGUCGGACGUAUGCCAGAGCAUACGGCGUGAGGAGAUCAUUUCGAAUGCGCGCACCAACUGGGAGCUGCUGCGUUCGCAACAAUCGACGGCCAUUGCCCGUGGUGCCACCCAGCAGCGGGUCACUGCGAAUGAGGUUGAUCUGGAGAUCGGAAGUAAUCUAUCGUUGGAGAAUGGUGGAUCGCAAACGGGGGGGAAAUUCCGGAAAGCCACGAACGGGACGAACGGAACGUCCAGUAAUGGGCGUGGAUCGAAAGUGUCACAAAACGGGACAAAGAGGACAGCGAACCGGAACCGGCUAGUUCGGUCGUCCUCACACGACAACUCGGGUUCGCAGCUUUCGGAGCAGG